AUGCGAGUUUUCUGUGUGGGACUACUCCUUUUGAGUGUGACCUGGGCAGCACCAACAUUUCAACCGCAGACUGAGAAAACUAAGCAAAGCUGUGUGGAAGAGCAGAGGAUAACAUACAAGGGUCACCAUGAGAAACAUGGACAUUAUGUUUUUAAGUGUGUUUACACGUCACCUGGGAAGAAAAAUCAAACUGAUGUAAAGGAAGAGAAAAACAAAGACAAUAUUGGUUUUCACCAUUUGGGCAAGAGAAGAAAUCAAGAGCUAUCAUCUAAAGAAAAUAUUGUCCAGGAAAGAAAGAAAGAUUUGUCCCUUUUUGAAGCCAGUGAGAAUAACGGAAGUAGUAAAUCUCAAAAUUAUUUCACAAAUAGACAGAGACUGAAUAAAGAAUAUAGUAUCAGUAACAAAGAGAAUAUUCACAAUGGCCUGAGGAUGUCAAUUUAUCCUAAGUCAACUGGGAAUAAACGGUUUGAGGAUGGAGAUGAUGCUAUCAGCAAACUACAUGACCAAGAAGAAUAUGGCGCAGCUCUCAUGAGAAAUAACAUGCAACAUAUGAUGGAGCCAGUGACUGCGAUUAAACUCCUGGGGGAAGAAAACAAACAGAACAAACCUAAGAAUGUUCUAAACAAAAUUCCAGCAAGUAUGAACUAUGCUAAAGCACACUCGAAGGAUAAAAAGAAGCCUCAAAGAGAUUCCCAAGUCCAGAAAGUUCCAGUAAAAAGCAAAAGCACCCAUCGUACUCAACACAACAUUGACUACCCAAAACAUCUCUCAAAAGUCAAAAAAAUCCCCAGUGAUUUUGAAGGCAGCGGUUACACAGAUCUUCAAGAGAGAGGGGACAAUGAUAUGUCUCCUUUCAGUGGGGACGGCCAACUUAAGGACAUUCCUGGUACAGGAGAAGCUACUGGUCCUGACCUAGAAGGCAAAGAUAUUCAAACAGGGUUUGCAGGCCCAAGUGAAGCUGAGAGUACUAAUCUUGACACAAAAGAGCCAGGUUAUAAUGAGAUCCCAGAAAGAGAAGAAAAUGGCGGAAAUACCAUUGGAACUGGGGAUGAAACGGCGAAAGAGGCAGAUGCUGUUGAUGUCAGUCUUGUAGAGGGCAACAACGAUAUCAUGGGUAGUACCAAUUUUAAGGAACUCCCUGGAAGAGAAGGAAACAGAGUGGAUGCUGGCGGCCAAAAUGCUCACCAAGGGAAGGUUGAGUUUCAUUACCCUCCUGUACCCUCAAAAGAGAAAAGAAAAGAAGGCAGUAGCGAUGCAACUGAAAGUACCAACUAUAAUGAAAUUCCUAAAAACGGCAAAGGCAGUGCCAGAAAGGGUGUAGAUGACUCUAAUAGGAACCAAGCAGCCUUACAUGAAAAACAAAGGUUUCCUAGUAAAGGCAAAGGUCAGAGCCUGCCCAUUCCUUCUCGUGGUCUUGAUAAUGAAAUCAAAACCGAAAUGGAUUCCCUUAAUGGCCCCAGUAAUGAGAAUAUAACACACAGCAGAAAAUAUCAUUAUGUACCCCAUAGACAAAAUAAUUCUACACGGAAUAAGGGUAUGCCACACAGGAAAGGCUCCUGGGGUAGACAACCGUAUUCCAACAGGAGGUUUAGUUCCCGUAGAAGGGACGACAGUAGUGAGUCAUCUGACAGUGGCAGUUCAAGUGAGAGCGAUGGUGACUAGUCCACCAGGAGUUCCUAGCAGGGUGACGGUCUGAAGACUUCAUCACCUGUGAGUUGAUGUACAGGAGAGCCACCUGACAGCUGACCAGGUGAAGAGAGGACAGAGUGAAGAAAUGAGUGAACCAAGAAUCCUGGUCUCCUUGGGGGAAUUUUUGCUAUCUUAAUAGUCACAGUCUAAAAUUCUAUUAAAGCUAUAAUGUUUUUAAGAAAAAAAAAAUCAUUACAGAUUUAUGAAAUAGGUAACAUUUGAGUAGGUGUCAUUUAAAAAUACUCUGUGAAUGUCACAAAUGCCUUCUAUGUUGUUUGCUCUGUAGACAAGAAAAUAAACAAUAUCUCUCGAUGAUAAUUUGUAUUAAGUGAUCUAUAAGAAA